AUGUGCCGCAUGAACCAGCGCAACUUUUUCCAUAACUGUACCCACAGACAGAUCGUAGACCUUCCAAGCGUAAACCCCAGCUGCAACAAGCUUGUGUACGGUGUGAGCUAUCUCAUGAACGAGUGGUGUCCCCGAUGCAGAUGGACAGGAUUCCUCUUCCCGUUCCAGUACCGGGAAUAUGCCCCCGGCGCUCGCUGCGGGACCGUCGAAGGAAACGUGAUGAGAAACGUCACCCUACUCGAGGUCGACUACGAGGAGUGUGACAAGUACACGCUCUGGCUUCGCAGGCAGGAGUUCAUCACGGGACCGCUGUGGGACUUUCGUCAGGGACGGCGAGAAGCAGAGUAUAAGCAAGUUCGCAGGGAAGAAGAGAGGCUGGGGACAUCGGACCGGGAGCGCACCUACUUCGUCCUGGAAGGGAUUCCGGGUGCGCCGAUCGAUUACAAUCGCUGCGGAGAACUCUUCAGGCCUGUCUGGCAGACCGAAAUACCGGAGGCUAAAGAGAAGUGCGCGAUCUGUAGGGGGGACAUGUGCCACGAUUAUCCCGACCAAGGGUUGAGGUGCGAGAGCUACACUUUUUGUGCGCUGCCAUGCGGCCACUUCUACGGGAUUUACUGUAUUUCCCAGUGGGUAGCCGGAGGCGGAAGCAGUUGCCCAGAAUGCCGACAAGAAUAUAAGCUGAUACGCCAGCUUCAAGAAGCAGAAGAAAUCACGCGUGUACCUACAGGGUGGAACGAGCAGCAAAUCGUUGAUCUUCGCUUGAUCCCAAUGCCAGAUCUAGAUGCGUUGUUAGAAGAGGAACCAGAAGAGCAGAUAGUAGAACGGGAACAGGGCGAAUCAGACGAAGAGUACCAACAGCGCCGUCAACUCAGCGCACAGAAUGCACAGCAAGAAAGACAGAUUUUUCAAGAAGAGCAGGACCUGGUGUUUUACGGGCCAGAAUACCUGAGGAGUCUCCAAUCGAUACACUACGCCUUGGUAUGGACUCUGAUGCAGAAACUGCUCCUUGUCGGCAUAGUUAUUGCCCCGUUCCCAUUCCUGAGCUGGACGAACAUGUGGAUGCUCACUUGCGGUCCACUUCUCUUCUACAGCAGCUGCAUCCACCUCACGAUGAUCCUACCCCGCGCACCUUUCGAGAGGAGGACAAUAAAUCGGUUCGCAUUAUGUUCCGCCCUUGGCAACACACUUGAGAUCAUAUACGCCAAUGUCUACAGAGGUGCGGAGUAUUCGUGGUGGGCUCUGAUCCUCGGUAUCAUCUGCUUGCCAUCGGGCUACUGCGCUUACAAACGAUUCUAUGAUAUGCCUCUUGAUUUCCCCUGGACGGAAGCAGCCAUCGAGAGGGAGAUCAGAGGGGCGACUCCUCGGAACAGGCUUGAAAUGAUGAUAAAUGCUUUCGAAGAUCAUCUCAUAUUCGGGCUUUUUGGGAGCUUGAAGGGCAUGCCGGAUGUAAGCAAUGCGAACCCUGCUGUGGCUGAGAGAUCAGGGCUAUAA